AUGGCUAUCCCCGCAAACCAGGUCCCCGAUGAUUGGACGACUGUCCUGGAAGAGAUGAGAACAGACUUUUACUGGGGGACAGACGGCAGCGGUCGGUUGGCUGCAGAGUCCGUUGGCAUCGCCAAUCCCGUGCCUCUGAUGAUUAAAGAGAGGAGUGCCGGGGGAGACGGCUACAUGUUCCAGGAUGCAAACGGGAUCUAUCUGUGGAGCAUGCCCACGGACGAGGUGUACAAGUACACCUCCCCCGCGAAUCGGGAUGCCAUUCUUGCCGAGAUGCGUAAGUCGGCGGGUCGCGGAAAGGUGGAGAUGACGUUGAUGCCUCCAACCUCUUUCGAUGAUUGA